AUGGCUCCCCACUUCGCCAGCGACACUGGAACACUGCCAGCUCAAACGACCGUUUCCAAAAGCCUGUCGAUUGGACUCGACAUGUACAUCGUCUACCGCGAGGAAUUUCACAGUGGAUGGAUUCUGUGGCUAGGAACCGGCGAGAUCCUACGUCUUACCCCGGAUCAAAAGAAGCAAAUCCCUUUCAUGACCCAAAGCUCGGAAGGCAACCAAACGGACCAGGAGCAGUCGCAACCAAACGAAAAUACCGCUGAGGUUCAAAACUCCGAGACAAACCAAACGGAUCAGGAGCGCUCGCAGUCGUAUAAGAAGAGGGCAAGAGCCAUUAAGAAGACCAAAACCGACUAA